CUCGUGCCGGUGACGGCCGUGUGCCUGGGGCUCUUCGCGGUCGGCGUGGUGGGCAACGUGCUGACGGUGCUGGUCACCUGCGGGCACCGCGACGCCCGCAGCACCACCGACCUGUACGUGGGCAGCAUGGCGAUGUCCGACCUGCUCAUCCUGCUCGGGCUGCCCCUCGACCUGUACCGCCUGUGGCGCUCCCGGCCCUGGAUCUUCGGGCAGCUGCUGUGCCGCCUCUCGCACUACCUGAGCGAGGGCUGCACCUACUGCACCAUCCUGCACAUCACCGCCCUCACGGUGGAGCGCUACCUGGCCGUCUGCUUCCCGCUGCGGGCCAAGGUGCUGGUCACCCGGCGUCGCGUCAGGGCCGUCAUCGGCGCCCUCUGGGCUUUCUCCCUCCUGUCGGCGGCGCCUUUCUUCUUCCUGGUGGGCGUGGUGCAGCCCGACAACCGCACCGACUUCAGCCGAGAGUGCAAGCCCACCCCGCGGGCGCUGGAGUCCGGCCUGCUGGGCGCCAUGUUCUGGGUCACCACUUCCUACUUCGUGCUGCCCGUCGUCUGCCUCAGCGUCCUCUACGGCUUCAUCGGGCGCGAGCUGUGGCGCAGCAGGGGCCGCCUGCGGGGUCCCGGCGCUGCCCUCCGGGAGCGGGGCCACCGGCAGACCGUCAGGAUCCUGGCUGUGGUGAUUCUGGCCUUUGUAAUUUGCUGGUUGCCUUUCCACAUUGGCAGGAUCGUAUUUAUAAACACCCGAGACACCAGAACGAUGCUGUUCUCCCAGUACUUCAACAUCUUUGCCCUGCAGCUCUUCUACUUGAGUGCCUCCAUCAAUCCCAUCCUCUACAACCUCAUCUCACAGAGGUACCGGGCAGCAGCCUGCAAGCUACUGCUGCCUUGCCGGCGUGUGAGAAGGGCUCUGGUGGGAACAAAAAUCUCCAGGACCUACACAGAGACCACCAGUGGCAUAAGACACAGGUAAAUGGGCAGCUCCAAGGCUGUGCCCCAGCAAUGAGUUUCACGAGGCAUUCCGUGCAAGGAAGGGCGCUUCCUCCUGCAAAGAGUCACAGAAGUCACAUCUGCCAGGGCUUUGGUAGGGUAUAACUCUCUGUGUGCUGAAAUACUUGGAUUUCUGCCAGUGGAGCAAGCAGGGACCAUAAAAUAACGAGAAUGAUGUGAAAGCCAAUACUAAAGGAAUAGCUGGAGGAUAUUACUGGUAAAACUGUGGGUUUGGUUUAUUUUGUGUUGUUCUCUACUAUUCCUGGUGCUUUCUAUACAUCUUAACAUCGGGGACUGCAAAGCAAGGAGUGACUCGCAGAGAGCCUGUGCUGUUUUAAAGCAGCUUUCUCACAAGGAGAUGGACACAGAAGGAAUUGCCCACCGCCAUCAGCACUUCUGGAAGAAGGGGACGCAUGUUAUUAUUAACCAGUCUUGUAACCAUGAGUGGGAGUUUCCAGGACAAUUUAACUGACUCUUCCCCUGGGAGAGCAGAUCCUUUGCACUCAGCCCUGUUGAUCUGCCCCAUGCCAUUAAACACAUCUCUUAAUUGCUGGCAACCAAUUUAGAUAUCACUGCUUACAUCCUCUUGGCAGUGUUUGGUUAGCAUUAGUGUGUAACCACCCAGCACCGGGCUACUCCGGUACAGAGGUCGUGAGGUUUGAGAUUCCCUUGGGGUAAAUUAAGAGGAAACAUCAACAAAUGGCUGGUUAACAGUUUUAUUCAAAUUAUUUAUUGCCUGGUGAUUUUUGGUGCUAUAUAAGAAAUCACAGAAUGGCUUGGAUUGGAAGAAAACUUAAAAACCAUCUAAUUCCAACCCUGUGCCAUGGGCAGUGCC